AUGGCUUCUUCACCUCGGGUUGAAUAUGAAAUGAUUAAAUUUAGGAAUUUAAACAUGGAAGGAGGAGGAGAGCUACCUCAUGUGCCUCGCCGCUAUGUUCUUCCUCCGUCACAACACCCAAACCCAGCUCUUGACCUCACCACCACCCUUCCCAUUAUAGACCUUUCCCCCUUACACCACGCUUCUCAAAGGUCUCUUACACUUGAUAAGAUACAAAGCAACUGUAAGGAACUUGGGUUCUUUCAGGUGGUAAAUCAUGGCAUCCCUCUUUCCGUCAUGAAUGAUGCCCUAGAUGCUGCAACAGAGUUUUUCAACUUGCCUUGUGAGGAGACAAUGCUUCUGUUGUCAGAUAAUGUGCAUGACCCCGUAAGGUAUGGCACCAGUUUGAAUCAUGCAAGCAAUAAAGUUCACUUUAGGAGAGACUUCAUCAAGCAUUACUCCCAUCCUAUUUCAAACUGGAUCCAUCUAUGGCCUCCAAAUCCUCCAAGUUACAAGGAUAAAAUGCGAAAGUGUGCAAAGGCAGUACAAGAGGUACAAAAGCAACUAAUGAAAGCCAUCUUAGAAACCUUAGGAUUAAAAUUUGGCACCUUACAUGAGGAAAUUGAAGAAGGCUGUCAACUCAUGGCCAUCAAUUACUACCCAGAAUGUCCUGAACCAGACCUUACAUUAGGUAUGCCACCACACUCAGAUUAUGGCACACUAACCAUCCUGCUCCAGAGUGUCCCAGGGCUACAGCUCAGGGACAACAACAAGAGUUGGCUCUCUGUUCCACUUGUUGAAGGUGCCUUAAUAGUCCAAUUGGGAGAUCAAAUCGAAGUGAUGAGCAACGGACAGUGCAAAAGUGUUGUUCAUCAAGUGGCACUUAGCGCAGAGAACAAGCGGCUUUCCAUAGGGAGUCUUCGUAGUCCUCCUUUAAACAAGAAAAUAGGACCAGUGCCAGAGCUUGUGGAUGAAGAACACCCUGUCUCCUACAAAGAGUUCAGUUUUAGAGAUUUUCUUGAUUUUAUCUCAAGCAACAACAUUGCAGACAGAAGGUUCAUCGAUUCGAUUAAGAAGACUGCAUGAAAGGAACUGCAGCAGAGUGUUGUUUAACAUCAUAUGCUACAAAAGCUUUUAGCUUUACACUCAAUUAAAUCUUCCAUACAGGGAUAUCAUCUGGUAUUUCUAUGCAUAUGGCUAUGAGAAUAUAGUACAACAAUAAACUAGCGCAGUGUUGUGUC